AUGUCAGGCGUUAUCAACAAGGUCAAGGAUGCCGUGAGCGGACACCAUGGGUCCGGCGAGACCACCACCCAUGGGCCUCACAGUUCCAAGAUUGCCAACAAGCUGGAUCCCCGCGUGGACAGCACCAGCACCCAGACCACCCACUCCACCGCUCCUGUCAACAGCGAGACUACCACCACCGCCAGCCCUCAUCCCUCCAACACUCAUGCCAACAAUGCCGGCCCCCACAACUCCAAGGUCGCCAACAAAGUCGACCCCCGCGUGGACUCGGACAGAGACAACCGCGCUCGCCACCAGGAGAUGGGAGGAACCCAUGGCCCUCACCGCUCCGAUGUCGCCAACAAGGCGGAUCCCCGCGUCGACAGUGACCUCGACAACCGCGGCUCGGGAGCCACCUACAACAGCAGUGGCCCUCACGCUUCCGGCGCAAAGGGCUCGACCUCCAGCACUUCCGGUGUGCAGACGACCACAUACACCCCGACCACCGGCCACGGCGACACCUCCACCCGCAGCUUCGAGGAAGCCCAGCACACUUCUACCCAGAACGAGCCGCACUUCCCCUCCAGCCACACUGGAAAGACCUCUUCGAGCACCGCUGGCCCGCACAGCUCUAACACCAUGAACAAGCUGGAUCCUCGCGUCGACUCCGACAAGGACAACCGUGCUCGCCAUGAGGCCAUGGCUUCCAGCACCUCCAAUGCCCCAGGCACUACUACGUCGAGCACCGCCGGCCCCCACAAGUCGGACAUGAUGAACAAGAUGGACCCCCGCGUUGACUCCGAUCUGGACAACCGCGCCCAGCACUCGUCCACGGCAUCCACCGGCUAUACUGCCCCAACCACCCGCUCCAGCAACGCUGGCCCGCACAGCUCGAACGUGAUGAACAAGGCGGACCCCCGGGUGGACUCUGAUAUGGACAACCGCGCUCGUCACAAUGCUAUGGCUUCCAGCACCUACAACACCCCGGGCACAACUUCCACUACUUCGAGCACCACCGGCCCCCACAGCUCCAACGUGCUGAACAAGGUUGACCCCCGUGUUGACUCCGAUAUGGACAACCGCGCUCGUCACAACGCUAUGGCUUCCAGCAGCUACAAUGCCCCAGGCACUACUACCAGCACCGCUGGUCCGCACAGCUCCAACGUGGCGAACAAGGUCGACCCCCGCGUGGACUCGGACCUGGAUAACCGGGGCACCCUGGGCUCUCAGCGUACCUACGGCAUCUAA